UGCUUUUCAGUGCUGGUCAUUCUGUCAACGUGCGAGGCUGGAUCCGAACGGGGGUUCCUAUCCUAUCCAUCGGUAGACCGAGUCAUCAGUCUCCGCGGCUGUCUUGUCUUGGCGGGAACGAUUCGUUUAUCAACCGUCGUCUUGCGAAGAACCGAGCUCAGUCAACGGAUGGUCGUGAUCGCGGGUGGAAGCAAGAAUCGCUAAACCGGAAGUGAUACGAAUUUGAACUAUUCCGCACACCAGCGAGUUGUCGGGAAAUAGUUCGAUAAGUGCACACGCGAGGAAGCUUCGUUGUCUGCGGCACUCUGUAAAGAGAAUUGCCAAUGAGGUGAAAAUUGUGCUGGUCAGUGUCCGUGUGUGGUGUCUUCAGGAAAGAAAAAGGCCCUAUUCUUCAUUUUGUUUGUAUUCGAAUGAAUGAGCCGAAUGACGACUGAUGUUUCUCCGGUGACUAUAAAGAAUAAUUCAUCAAUCCAAUUACUGUGAUAACUAACCGUGCGAGGCAAGCUGAAUUUAGUGAGAAGUCAAUUUGGAGGAAAAAAAAACCUGCUUUGACAGCCGUUCGUUGAUUGAACGACGCGGGUCGAAUCGCUGAAGCUGGUUAGCUAGCCGGUAGGAAAAGCCAAAUCGAGUGGAAAGCAGCAGCAGAAAAAUGGCAGCAGAGAUGAGCAAACGACGACCGGUCAGGAGUGGCAAUUUUAUGCUAAUAGCAUCAAUUGUGAUAUUAUCAGUUAUAUCUAAUGCAAGGUGUCAGGAUUUUGGAUAUGACGGCGCAAAGGGACCAUCCCACUGGGGAGAGCAGUACAACAGCUGUACCGGGAAACAUCAGAGCCCAAUCAAUAUAAACUCGCUGGAUGUGAAGAAGGUGAACCUGCCGGCAAUAAUCCUGGACGGAUUCGACGCAUUUCCACAGCAGACCAAUCUGACCAACAACGGGCAUACGGUUGCCAUCACGAUGAAGGACCAUUUCCCGACCAUCUCCGGCGGGCCGCUGACCGGAGUAUACCAGUACUCGCAGCUUCACUUCCACUGGGGUGACAAUGACACCGUCGGCAGUGAAGAUAUGAUCGAUAAUCACAUCUUUCCCAUGGAACUGCACGUGGUGUUCUUCAAGCAGGAAUACAAAACCGCCAAGAGCGCUAUGAAACACUCGGACGGAUUGACGGUGUUGGCUUUCUUCUACGAGAUAUCCCAGGAGGACAAUCCCAGCUACGAGGAGUUUGUUCAGUUGCUGCGCAACGUGACCAGUUCGCACAAAACGGCCACCUUCGUGAAUCCGCCCUCGCUGCGGGAUUUGAUCGCACGGGAUCUGAUGCAUUACUACACCUACGAUGGAUCCCUGACGACGCCCCCGUGCAGCGAAGUCGUCACGUGGAUUGACUUCAAAGAGCCGAUUCUGCUGUCGCAUACACAGAUCGAGGCAUUCCGUGCCCUUGAGGACGACGAGGGACAUCCGUUGACCCAUAAUUUCCGACCGAUUCAACCACUCGGCGAUAGGGUGGUACUGUACAACACGGACGAAAUAGUGAAGGAUGUGGACCUGACGGACGAAAUUCCCCCCGAAGAGAUGGACCAGAAUUCCUUGGAGCAGCAGCAGGAGAAGAGCAAUAGGCCGGUGAAGGGUAAGAAACCGCAUCCGGACAGUGGGGCGGGAUCGAUCGGUGCAAGCUGGACGGUGCUGCUGCUGCUGGUGCUGGCUGUUAGCUUCGGCGUUGUUGGUAGUCCGAAGUAAGAACUGAGUUACUACUCCUCGCUAGAAACUCUAAACGCUACUGUAAAUAGCUAUUGUAGGUUCUAAAUUAUUGAUUGACAUUAGUGGUAGAGAUUAAAGUAUUGAAAGUUAAACAGGCACAAAAAGGUGUGUUAAAGGUCAGUAUUUUGAGACGAUUUCAGUUCAGAUUCGAGAUAUUCAUCUAAUGAUAAAUGAUAAGACAAAACAGUAUAAAAUCUUCAUUGCAGUUUCAUUAGAUCAUCUUUGUAGCAUUAUUAGACCAAAUUGUAUUGAAAUUCACAACAUUUAAUUUUUAAGCAUGCAAGUUAUUGAACAAUAUAGUAGGUAUGACCAAACCAAAUAUAGAAGGUUAAAUGAAUAACCACUGUUUUUAGAGAUGAUUGUAGAAGAGAUUA